AUGAUAUCGAUCUCAGCGCUUGGUACAGUAAAGAAUAUGGAGUGUGGAUUGAAAUAUCAAAUUCAGGGCCCAAUUUCCAAUCCAGCCGAAAGCAUGAAUGCCGUAAUCAAACGUUGGACACAAUGGAAGGGGACACAAGAAACAAUAGUCUCGUUUCUGCCAACAACAACAACCUCUACAACUACAUUGAUUAACAAUACACCGCCACCAAUUCGCAUACCGAUGAGUGCAAACGAAAAAGCACGUAUGUUUCUGGAAUUGGAUUUAGUUUCAUUUGAUCGAAUAGCAAAAGUCUUUAAUGUACAGGCUGUCAAAAUCUUCCUUGGUAUACCAGUUUCAGAGAAAGAGAAGAAAGUUAAUUUGGGUAACGAACGUAAACGAAAACGAACUGAAGACAAAGAAGGACUAAGUGGUGAUAAACGACCAAAUCGAGUUGAUCGAAAAGCCAAACGGCAGUAUAGUUCUAAACCGCCAACAACAUGCAACCCGACAUCGACAUCCUCAGCAACAACUCUACAGCAACCAUCGUCUUCACAAACAACAUUUUUAGCAACAACUCCCAUGCC